AUGCUAUCUAUCAAGUCUCUUUUGAACCCAGAGCCCGAGAGGCGAUACCGUGUCUCUCAUCCUCCAGUUGACAAGCGCAAGAUGCCUAAGGAUGCCCCAGUGUUCCGCCCUGGUAAAAUCCAGGGCGAGUGCCGCUAUCCUCCAAUUGAAGAACGUGAUGAAGCACUCCUGAAAGCCCAUCAAGAGUUUAAUCUGCGUCCUUUGGGCAAGAUCGCAGACUAUCCUCGUCAUAUUCCCUAUGCGAGUGACAAGAAAUCUUUCCAAGAGAAGACUGGCCGUGAUAGCUUCCAUGUCUUCCAAUACACUUUCCAGAUCCCUGGCGAAGAAAAAGAGUGGCAUGUCAUGUGGGAUUACAACAUCGGCAUUGUUCGGAUCACGCAUCUGUUCAAGUGCAACGGCUACUCUAAGACCACACCGGGAAAGAUGCUCAGCCAAAACCUUGGCCUGCGUGACAUCUGCCACAGCAUCACUGGUGGAGCACUCUCAGCCCAAGGCUACUGGAUGCCAUACGAUGCCGCCAAAGCUUUGGCAGCGACAUUCUGCUGGAGAAUUCGAUAUGCCCUAACUCCCCUGUUUGGCCUAGACUUCCCAGACAUGUGUAUCCACCCAGACGAGCGAAAGCGCCACGGCGUGAUGGUGAUUGACCCUGAAAUUACACGCCGCGCUACACAAACAGCGAACUACUACCGCGCCUUGGAGAUGGCAGCCUCACCGCGAAACGUCACAACACACCAACUCCUUCAUAGCAUGGAGUCAUUCGCCAACGACAGCGAUGUUUCUCCGAAACUGCCGCCCAUCAAGCAUCAACGCCGCAAUUACACAGAUAGUAUUGCCAGCGCUCGUGAUUCUUCAACGGAGCCUUACUGCAUGACUCCAAAAAGCCAGUCGCCCUGUUCCGGGUUCACUUCUAUCAACGUACCAAGAAGCACUGAUACCCAGGCUUGCUCGCGGGUGGCCUCUCCCAAGUCUAUUCUGAGCGCUAUAUCGCAGUCUAUGCGCCCAGAAAAUGUGCCCGGUGGUCUCAGCGAGGACAGUGAUACAGAAAGCGACGGAUCAUCGAACAUGUACUCCACUCCCAACUGUCCUUCGGAGGAUAUGAGCACCGAAUUCGACAAGACCGACACCGAUACGCGUUCGGACUUGGACGCUGGACGAGUUGCUGAUUUUACUGACUCGGGCGAGGAAAAUACGACAGAUGAUGCCAGUGAUGAAGACUACCGUGGUCCCUCUGCUAGGAAAUGUUUCGCUGGACCUCUCAAGCGGAAGACUAUCUCGCCCACCUCUACAUCCCAGACGAAGAAGAAUCCUAGCCGGAGGUCUCGAGCUUCGCGUCCUCGGUCCUCGCCUCAUUUUGCCAACGAGGUCAAGGCUGCUAAAGCUCUUAUUCGUUUGCAUAUGAAUGAGCUAGAAAACAUUGAAGUGGAGACCCAGAUGGAUGAAGAUAUUGCGAUGCAUUCGGCAUUCGGGUCAUGCGGGCUUUGCUCGCUGGACGGCUCGUCUCGCGGGGGUAAGCGUCGCCGAGCUUCCCUCUGA